AUGCAGAGAAAGAACCACACGCAGGUGACCAUGUUCACCUUCCAGGGAUUCUCCAGCUUCCAUGAACACCAGAUCACACUCUUUGUAGUGUUCCUCACUGUGUACAUCAUAACCCUGGCCAGCAAUGUCAUCACUGUGACUGUCAUCUGCAUUGACCACCACCUCCACACCCCCAUGUACUUCUUCCUGAGCAUCUUGUCUACUUCUGAGACCUUGUACACACUGGUCAUCAUCCCACGGAUGUUGUCCAGCCUCACAGGGUGGAACCAGCCAAUUUCACUGGAAGGCUGUGCCGCUCAAAUGUUCUUCUUUGUCACUUUGGCCAUCAACAACUGCUUCCUCCUCACAGCAAUGGGGUAUGACCGCUACGUGGCCAUUUGCAAACCCCUGAGAUAUAUGAUUGUCAUGAAUAAAAAGGUAUGCACCUACUUAGUGGGUGGGGCAUGUGCCAUUGGUCUGACCUUGGCGUCUGUACAGGUGACAUCCAUAUUCAGCUUGCCUUUCUGCCAAGCAGAGGUGGCCCAUUUCUACUGUGACAUCCGUCCCAUGAUGAAACUUGCCUGUAUAGAUACCACAAUCAAUGAGAUCAUCAACUUUGUUGUCAGCUCAGGAGUGAUCCUGGUGUCUAUGGGCUUAGUCUUUAUCUCCUACAUCUUCAUUAUCUCUGCCAUCCUCAAAAUCGCCUCAGCUGAGGGGCGGAAAAAGACCUUUGCCACUUGUGCCUCCCACCUCACAGUGGUCACUGUCCACUAUGGCUGUGCCUCCAUUGCCUAUCUCAAGCCCAAAUCAGAGAAUUCAAUAGAACAAGACAGAUUACUCUCCAUUACUUACACUCAUGACACCACUCUUGAAUCCUUUUGUAUACAGCCUGAGAAAUAA